AUGACAGUUUGUUCCCCAGCUUGUUAUUUUCAUCCUUCACUACACCCAGCACACACCACACACACACACACACACACACACACACACACGACACAACACACACACACACACACACACACACAUACACACACACACACACACACACUGCAGCACACCAAGGUAAUCAUAAAGUUGUGUGUGUAUAACAGUGUCUGUUUAGAGACAGACAGUAUCCCUCCCUGUCUUCACAGAGACAGCAGCACCACUCCCUAAAGCUAUAGCACAAUUUACAAUAUUACACUGUCCACUAGCAGUUGGUUUCAUGCUUUUCUCAUUUCCAUGCUGCUUAGAUCAUUUCUCAUUCUCUCACUACAUUCAAAUGAAUGCCCUGUGAACAGCAGCUGCAGAUGACCAUAAAUAUUUCUAGACCAGUGAUCAUUGCAGCAGUGAGGACAUGUCCCAAUAAUUCAGCUUUACACAUCAUCUGGAUGGAUGGAUGGAUGAAUAAAAGGAUGAAUGGAUGGAUGGAUGGAUAACUAACCCUAACGCUAACCUCUAACCUCUUCUCUCUGCCUUUCCUUUUCUCAGAGGUCAAAGAUCGCGGUAUAUGAGAAGAUGUGGUCUUAUAUGAAGUCUGCUGAGCCUUCUGUCUUCGCUAAGACCACAGCGGAGGGCGUGGCUCGCGUCCGCAAGUCCAAAGGGAAGUACGCUUUCCUCCUGGAGUCCACCAUGAAUGAGUACACGGAACAACGCAAGCCCUGCGACACGAUGAAGGUUGGAGGCAACCUGGACUCCAAGGGCUAUGGCAUCGCUACACCUAAAGGCUACAGCUAA